ACAAGGACGCGUUACGUGCAGAAUCCCCAGCGCGCAGCCUUACAAAUCGCAUUAAAAUCGCCUAAGCGCGUUCACUUCAAGCGGAUAAAUUAAAUAUUUACAGAUAAAUAAGUUAGCAGCGAUACAAAAAUUGAAAAAAAUACAAAGUUCAGCUGUCCAAUCUCGAGAGCUUCAAGUGCUCUAGUGCUCUGUGUGUUCUUGUGUUUUUCCCGAGGGGAAAUUGUGCCAAAUCAGCAGAUAGUCGUUACAUAUACGCACCGUGAGCGGAGUGUUGUUUUAUUGAUUGCCAGGCAGUAAAACCCAUUUAAACAAAAGGCAAACGAAAAUGCUGAUGAAACAGUGAAAAUUUAAGCAGCAGCCUCUUUCCCGAGGCAGGAAAGCAGUGAAAUGUGUGCAGCUGACAGUCAAGGUCGCCGACGCCUCAUGUCACCCACAAAAACAUAAGGAUCUACCGAGCAAAAACAAUUGUAAUAAAGGCAAGCGAAGCGUUUUCGCAGCCAGUUUAAAGUCAUCAGCAGCUCAUCAAGAAAGCGAACUUAAAAUGCCCAGGAUGGGGAGACGCCACAAGCACUGCCGCCAUCGGCUGUGCGGUUCGUCUUCGUCUCCGCUGCAGCGACUGGUGGAGCUGCAGCUUCUGCUGCCGGCGGUCCUGGUCGUCCUGCUGGCCACCACCCUGGGCCUCGCCUGCCGCGUCUCCGAGUUCUCCUGCAAGGGCAGCGGGAGCAGCGGCACCAUCUGCGUGCCCCUGGACAAAUACUGCGACGGACGGAGCGACUGCGCCGACGGCAGCGAUGAGCCCAAACAUUGCUCCGUCUGCAAUCGUACGUAUUAUGGCGAUAUCGGACGCACCUAUGCCAUAAAAGUGCCAACGCCACAGUGGAAUAAAUUGCCUUUCCUCUGUCACUUGACAUUCACAGCAUCCGGUCAUGAUCAAGGCGACAUUGUUCAGAUCAUCUUUGACGGCUUCACGGUGGGACGGUUCGACGAGGGCAUGGUCGAUACGGAUGUGGAUGGAUACGAAACGAACCUCAGUCCCACGGGCGAGUUGCCCGGAUGUCCCGAGGGGUUCAUGCAGCUCAGCGAAUUGGGACGCCCAUUCACCGGCGGCUCCUGGUGCGGCAAGGCCACCGGACCGCAAUUGUACUUCAGCGAAACAUCCACGGUGACAGCCUCGGUGAAGGUUUUUCAUCCGCCACGCAACAUCCGAGACGAGAAGCCCUUUGAGUUCAGCAUAAGAUAUAAAUUUAUAAGCCAGUCGGAUGCAGUUGUUAGAUACGGCCUGCCCGAUAAGCCGCUUGAGUUGGGCCGGGUGACACCGGGCACCUAUUGUACCAGGCAAUUCGACGAGUGCUAUCGGAACAAGUGUCGCCUGCAAAGUCCGAAUUAUCCCGGCAUGUAUCCGAGGAACGUAACCUGCUACUGGACGAUCCGGCAGAAGGAGGUCCCGACCAGCAAGCACGCUAUGAUUGCCGUCAGCCAGGAGAAUCAGCACAAGGCCUUGGUGAAGCGCUCAAUAGCCAGCUUCAAUAAAACGUCGCGGUCCAUUCGAGCCUGGUCGGACUGUACAGGUGAACGGGACCAUUUAAUCUUCUACGACGGCAGUUCCACCAACGAUCCUGUUUUGGCCAAAUACUGCGGAGGAGAUUGGUUGCCACGCGUUGUUUCACGCGGCCCCGAAAUGCUGGUAGCCUUCCACUCGAGCCCGUUUUCAGCGCCUUUGCAGCAGGGGAUUCCCAAUCGGGGCUUCGAACUGGACGUGGACAUACUCUUCACCGAUUCCGACUCGUUCGACUUCGCCCAGGGCACCAAGAACCUCUGCGAGUUCCACAUAAAUGCCUCGAAUCCAGAUGAUGUGCUAUUCUCGCGCCGCGGUCGCAUGGGACGCAUUGUGAGUCCGCGUCACACGCUUCCGCCGAAUACGACAUGCACGUACCACUUUCACGGAUAUCCUGGUGACCUGAUUUGGUUAUCGUUCACCAGCUACAAUCUGCAGAUCCUGCAGCAGGCGAUACACGACAACAAUACGCUGGGACGGAGCGAUCUGCCACCGUGGAUAACCCGCCUGAGGAUGUGGGACAGCUACGGGACGUACGUGCCCAUGAAAUCGACAAGUUCAACCACCGGACAGCCGCCCCCACCGCCCCCCGUUGCCUCGUCGGCGGACGGGGGCAAGCCCACGCUGCUCAACCAGAGCAACUACGGCAGCUACUACUACAGUGCCAGCAAUCCGAAGCUGAAUCGGAACCUGCGGGUGAACAUCGACAACGCCUGGAACCCGGUGGACACCUACAUCUACGGACCCACGCAGUCGAGUGUGUUCAACCAGGAGAACAAGUACAGUGGCUACCAGGGAGGGGGUUCCGCCGGGGGAUCCUCUGGCUCUGGAGCCUCGGGAAAAUCCCUGUCCGGCGUGAAGGACACCCUGAACUUUAUUUCCGGUGGCAAGUCCUCCAAGGAGGUCUCCGCUGCCGCCGUCGUCAGCUCGGAUCGCAAUAGUGCCGUGGCCCUGAUGAGCACCAAGGGGAAGAGGCGCCUCAUGCUGGAGAUCUACGACUACGAGACCCCGAAACUCUGCGACCACACGGCCAUCGGAAGCGGAGUCAGCGGAAGUAGCGCCGUAAUGGGCGGCAACAAGCAGAGGCCGUGCAGUCCGCUCGAGAGCUACGUGAGCACCGGCAGGGAUUUGAAACUGGAGUUCCAUACGCACACUGGCACCGCCUUGUUCCCGGCUCAGUUCGCCCUAAACUACGAGUUUGUGGACACGGAGCAGGGUGGCGAAACCUGGGCGGGAAGAAGGGGAGAGGAUCCAGUGCCGCCACUCUGCUCGAGGAUUUUCAAGAAGCGCAAGGGCAACAUCCAGGUUCCCAGGAAUGUGUUCCUUUACGGACGAGGCGGUGCCAAAAACAUAACCUGCUUGUAUCGCUUCGAGGCGGGUCCUUCGGAAAGGGUCAAACUGGUCCUGCACAAUGUGUCCUUUGGCGAGGGGACAGCCUGCACCACGGACUCUGACCUGCAUACGGGCAGACCUCGCUGCAACCAACUCGAUCCGGAGGGUCGCAUCACGGAAUUGCGUCUGUUCGAUGUUCCAUUCAGGGACGUGAAGAUCCAACUGGGAUGCUUCUGCGAUAACUCCAGUGCUCUGUACAGCAAUGCGCCGCUCACCUUCGUUUCCCACUCGAGGAUCAUGGAGCUCUCCUUCACGGUUACGAGGCUCAAUAUUUCCGAGGACUUCGCGGACGUCUUCUUCUCGGCCUCCUACGAGUUCAAAAGACAGCCGGACUGCAGGAAACAGCUAAAACUCAAGGGAGCCGGAGGGGAGGACGAACUGAAGUACCCGCUGAAAACCCAGGACGCCAGUUGCGAGGGGCUGGCCUGGUACAUCGAGGCCCAGUCGGCCGAGAGGUCGCUCUUCGUCCAGACCUGGGGCGCCUACCUGCCCGUGGAUCCCACCUCCGAGGACGCCAUGAGGUGCCACACCAAGAACCGGCUGAUGAUCUACUCCGGACGACCCCUGCGACCCAUGAGGGUCGUCUGCCCGGCGCAAAGUGGACCGCGGCCCAUGUCGCUGCACAUCUUCUCCGAGGACUGGACCAACGGACAGCCCUUGUUCAUGAACAAACCAAUCAGCCUGGUGCUGGAGCCCAUCCUGAAGGAGCCGGGCGACAUCUCCUUCACGUGGCUGGAGAUCCACCGCACCAAGAACGCGCUGCUGCAGCAGUUGGACCUGCAUGUGAAUGCGAGCGUGACCACGGGCAUGGGCUCCCAGACCUCGUCGCAAUCCUCCCCGGGAUCCAGUUCGGGGAUGGGCGGGCUGGGGGGCAGUGGCACAGGAUCUGCUGCCAACGCCGGAGGCUCUGCAGGCGGGGCGACGGCCAACGAAACGCUGAACGAGUUCGGCUUCUUUCCCAAGGAGUCGGACUGCGAAUACAAAUGUCCUGAAAUUGAUGCAUGCAUAGCGGCCAGCUUGUGGUGUGAUGGUCACCACAACUGCCCCAGCGGAUUCGACGAGUCGGAGGAGGAGUGCGGUACCGCUCGCAAGCUGCUGGAGUUGCCGGGCGGCGUGUUCGCCGCUCUGGGCUGCAUUGCGGCCGCUUUGACCGCCUGCCUGAUAUUCUGCAUGUUCGGGCUGAUGAGGAAGCGGAAAAAGUCGGUGGUGCAGAAGGGCGCCGGAGUGGGCGGCAUGGGCGUGGGCGGAAUGGGAGUGGGCGGGAUGGGCGGUAUGGGCGGCAUGGGCGUGGGCAUCGGGUUCAUGAACGGGGCGAGCAACGGCAACGUCUCCGCCGCCAGCAUCGGAACCCUGAAGAAGGACUUCAAGAAGGAGGCGCUCUACAUCGACCCGGCCUCCUGACACGGACUCCAGCCGGUCGAAUAUAUCCACGUGGAUCGGGAGACCACCGUGUGAUAUGUUGCCGCCGGCUGUGGCACCAACUACGAUCAUGUGGAGCUUUCCAUGGAACUGGAACUGGCCUGACCGACGGAUCAGUCCGCUGAUCCCGUUCAAAAUCUGGCCUGGAGAUUUUAAAGACACAGAGUCGACGCCUGGAGGUAUGAGAACACUAAAGAAUCUACAUUUUAAGCCGAUAACUUUUCUAAACGCUUCUGGGAGUAACAACAUGAGCAUUAGCAAAAUGUUUGUAUGUAGUCAUAAGGAGAAAUGUGUUUUGUUCUUCUAACCAGUGCACUGCAGUGGAAUUAUUAUUUGGGGAUUUGGAUUUAUUUCAUUUUUACCGAAUUUGUAUUCGAACUUUAUUUACUUUCUAGUCUGUAUAUAGGUUUACUCGAGUAACAAAAAGUCAGGACUAAAACCUAUUCCCAAAUAACCAGUUUUAUAAAAAAUGUUAAAAUAAAUAAUAGUAAUAAUAAUAAAAACAAAGGAAAACCACAAUUUAUGUUAUGUGCCUAAAAAUUCUUUUCAAACAGGCCGACAUUUUUAUUUAAAAUUUGAUUAUCACAUUUUUGACAUGUUUAGUGUUGCCUUGAAAUUUUUAGAGGUUUCAAAAACAAAUUAUUUUAAAACAGUUUUAUUUUCUAAUAGCCAGUCUUGACUUUGAAAUUAUUUAUUUCACCCACGAAAAAAUACCUUAUUUACUUCUUGUUUUAUUUGGACUACAUACGACGAGGAAAAGAAAAAAUUAAACUAUUGUAAAUUAGGUACCUUUAAAGAGUUAGAUCAGCUAGAGAGCAAACAAUUCGUGUGCAGUACUUAGAUGCCUUCGGCAAUUUACCAAAUAGCACAUAGCACCCGAUCGAAGGAGGUAAACAAACCACAUUUAGCAACUAAAUGGAAGAUCAUGAACUACAAUGAAAUUGUAUAGAAUCAGCAACUCGAGGAGCAGACCCCCAUGCGUAGGGCCUCUCUGGCAUUAACUUUUAAGCGACUAGACUAGGAAUAAAACAAAACUGUUAGCAGCAUUUGAAAAGGAGUUACGACGAGUCGAAGGAAAUCUCUAAAGUGUUGUGAUCUACGGCAUGCACAUACUGAACUACGUUUAAACAGAAGCAAAUCGAGCAUUUACAUGAAUAAUACUCACACCCGGCGUAGUACGAUAUACACGUAUUGUAUAGGUAUUAGCUAUAUAGUCUACUGAGGUGGCGGCACUUUUGGGUUUUAUCGUACAGCACAAGCACUUAAGCAAAGAGCAUCACUUAGUGGUUUAUUAAAUACAAGUCGAUACAAGUUAAUGAAUGCAAUUGUUAUUAAUGAAUUAAGUAGGACUCCAAGCCAGAGAUAUGUUCACUUCAUCUUAAUCAAAACUGCCAAAAGAAUUUAACAACACAGCCAAUCAAAUGUAAAUAUUUAUGUCGAGCAAUAACUUGUUUUAUGUCAGCAUUUAUGUUCGUCGUUUGAACACAAAUUAUUUCCCAAAAGUAGCUGCAGUAAGCUAUAUUCCUAAAGUUAUAUGGACUUUGUAAAAACUACAAGCAAAGAAUAAUGAAUAGCUGUAUGCAAAACUACCAUUUAAGACACGGCUCAUAACCCAUAUAAACAAUCAAACUUUUGGCAGUUGCAGUAGGAUUAAGCAAAACACCAAACAAACGAAAAGCGUAAAAAACAAGACAUAAGUACUUUAUUUUAUAGACCAUAAACUAGGACAAAAAUUAUGAACUAAAAACGAAACACACAACUGGCUGCAAUGAGAAUUUUAAAAAUUUAAGAGCCUCUGCCAUUUGCAGGCGGAGUCCACAUUCAUAAAACCCCAUUAAAAUUUCAACUCCAAUAAAACUGUACCGAAGAGCAAGUGUAUAAAAAAUAUAUAUAUGAUUUAGUCAGCAUAAAAAAGUAAAACGAAAUAUAUACAUAAAUUAAAUCAAAUAUUUUUGGUUGGCAUUUUUGAUAGCAAAUAACCUAAAUAUUUAUAGCUGAAAAGGAAAAAACUCGAAACGCACUUUGUACAAUUUAAUGAAAAACAAAAAAUAUUAUUUUCCACAGACACCACAACAUACAUAUAGGAUAUUUUACACGCAUUCGUAUAAGAGAUAAAAUAAUACUGAAAUAAAUAUAUGAGAACGAAAACAAAUUAAAUUAAUUAAAAUGGCGCAUAGGCCAAAAAAUGCAUUUUUGCUGCCGGCCAUCGAAAACCAAAUAUAACGAAAAUGGCUGGCAGUGCAUUUAAAUAAGUAGCUCUCAGACCGGCCGGAGUUGGAAAAACCAAUGCCGCACUACUUUGUUGGCCACCAUUGUCACACACAAAAACACGCAUCUCAAUCAUCAGUUCGGUUCAGUUCCUUCUCUCAACCAAACCAAACCAAACUAUGGAAAUUUCUGUGCCAACUGUGUUUAAAGUAGAACUCGAAGAUAAAACACGAAUAAAAAAGAGAGCGGACGAAGAAAUUGAAUUAUGACCGCGCAUAAAACAUUGCAUGUAAUUUAUUUGAAAUGUUCGAAAAUAAAGUAGACGAAGAAGAGGAGAAAACUGUGCGCGAGAUGGUAAAUAAAAAAAUAAAAUACAGACAGCUGUGUAAAUAGUCAAACUGCGUACAGUCUACGCAUAUUUAAUUAAAAAUACAAAAUAGAAACCCAAUAUGAAAAGGCAACGUAAAAGAGAUCAUGUUUUAUGGUUAAUUUCUGAAUUCCCCAUACUUUUUUUUCGCAGUUUGCUAGAGUAAGUUUCACUUGUAUGAUAAAUAAAUUAAACCAAAUAUUUAUAUAGAGAUAUUAUACGUAUAUGAAAGAGGAAACCUUAACAUAAUGACGCACUGAAUCAAAUAGAUGAAACGAGUAUUUAAAAACCAAGACAAUUAAAACCAAAAAGAACUUUAAGCAAAAAUAAAACUGAGGAAAAAAUGAAAUUCAAAACAGAA